AUGUCUUUUACCACGGUGAUUCAGCCACCUCCAGGCCCAGAUACAAAGCUUGAACUCCCAGGCGAAGGAACAAACAACCCACCGAUCUUCAACGAUGCGAUGAUUGUUCGCAUGCGCGUGUUUGUGGACGAACAAAAAUGUUCCGCCGAAGCUGAGAUUGACAGUGACGAUCAACGCAGCUGGCAUUGGGUCAUUUAUGACUCAAGUUCAGAUAAUCCGAAUGCACCUAUCGCAGUCAUCCGUUUGGUGCCCCCCCCACAGCCACCACAUGCUCUCCUCACACACCCAGAUGAUCCGACUACCAAAGGCCUACCUGCAUUUGACUGGACCCACGAGGCAUGCAUCAAGAUAACGCGUGUCGCCGUUAUUCCAGAAUACCGGGGGAAGGGUCUUGGGCGGCGUCUGGUGGAUACGGUGCUAGACUGGGCCCGUGAGCACGCGGCCGAGAUUGACGGGGCUAUCAAGGAGAUGUCACUUUCAUCAAGUGGGGGGUUCUUUAUUAAGUGGAAGGGGUUGGUCCUUGUGCAUGCGCAGGUGGAUGUUGAGCAGAUGUAUCGAGGAUUAGGAUUCCAAACGGAUGAGUCGCUUGGUCGGUGGGAUGAGGAGGGCAUUGAUCACGUAGGAAUGUUCAGACGAUUGACGUUGGCUUGA